AUAAGAUUGUUGGGUGGAUGAAUUCGACCGGCGUCGUCAACUGCAGAUGAAUUCCAAUAACGUCGUUAUUGCUUUUGUCGACCAGCAAAGCCAUUAAUAUUUUUUGGUAACUAAAGCCAUUUAAUUUGUUGUUCCCUUUUCUUUUCCAACGAAUAAAUUGCCCAAAGGAAUGAAUUUAAGUACCGGUUGGAUGACAUGGAGCCCAAUAUCCAUGGGUUCUAGCAGUAAUAGUAGCAGGAUUUCCUGUCAUACACAUAACCCACUUUCGAAUAUGGCGAGAAGGAGAAGGGUAUGUAUAACGGUGAAUGCCAAGAAGAGAAGCAAACCAGUUCUCAAGCCUUCGGUUGUUGAAAAAGUUUCUUUGGUUGAUGAGGCUGAGGAUGAGCUUCUUCUUGAAGAUGAGGACCUGGUGGAUGAUGAUGAUGGGGUCUUUGACGAGUAUUUUGAGGAAGACGCUGAGCUUUAUGCUGGGGAUGGAUCGGGAGGAGGAGGGAUCUCUCUGGCUGGGACAUCAUGGGACAAAAGAGCAUUAGAACUUGCAGAAGAAGUUGCUCUAUCAUUUGAUGGGGAAUUAGGAAUUUAUGCCUUUAAAACAUUGAAAAAUGCCAACAUUCAAGUACGAGUGGAGAGACUUACAAAUAAGUCAGGUACUCCUAGUAUGAUGGAUAUUGAAGCUUUCUCAUUAAGAUACAGAGAAAAGCUUGAUGAAGCUGAGGUGGCUGGAUCUAUUCCAAAUAACGUAUCUCUUGAGGUAUCAUCACCUGGUGUUGAGAGAGUUAUUCGGAUUCCCCAAGAUCUCGACCGGUUCAAGGAUCGUCCUAUGUAUGUAAAAUAUGUUAGUGAUGAAGUGGCUGAGGGUGGAUCAUCAUCUGAACAUGAUGGUGUUCUCAGGCUUGUAUCUUUCAAUUUGGAAACUAAUGCUUGUAUUUGGGGCAUAGCAGAUGUUGGAGUGAAUAGAGAAAAAGCAGGGAAAGGUAAACCUCUAAGCAAGAAGCAAAGAGAUUGGCGCUUGGAGACACCAUUUACAUCCUUGCGUUUAGUUCGUUUAUAUUCUGAAAUUUAGAAAUUUUAGAGGUUCAAACAUUUAUAGUCACAGCAAAGAACCUCUUCUGCUAGCAAGGUUUACAUAAGAAAAGGACGAUACAAUUCAUUAUGGUACAGGAUAUGAAAGUUUGUAUGAAAUUGGAUUCAGAAGGAACUGGAUCAUAACAUUUUGAAGAUUUUGUAUUACAAAUUUAUACGUAUUGCUACUCAUAAUACAGAUGUCAGCUAUCGCUA